ACUGGAUGGUCACCCAGUGGCUACAUUCUGAUUAGGAGCACGGGAUAAACCCUUCAACGAGCACCACACAACAUUUAUACUAUUUAUGGAAGAAUCGUUAAGCUUGGUGCAACAUAGCAUUUGAAAUGGGAAGUCUUAGUUGUAAUCAUCACUUGAUUGAAAUUCUCCUCCUCCUUGCAGCACUCCUGUUGCACAUUUCGUCUCAGUCAGCAACAUGUGGCUCGAUUGUCAAGUCUCUUCCUGGCUUCCAGGGACCGCUCCCUUUUGUUUUAGAGACAGGGUAUGUUGGAGUUGGUGAAACAGGGGAUGUGCAGCUGUUUUACUACUUUAUCGAGUCACAGAACAAUCCCAGAGAUGACCCUCUCAUGCUCUGGCUGACCGGCGGACCCGGUUGCUCUGGAAUUUCGGGUCUCGCUUUUGAAAUUGGUCCCGUUGGAUUUCGAAACCAGGAAUACAAUGGGAGCGUGCCUGAUCUUGUCUUGAGACCCAGUUCUUGGACAGAGGUGAGCAGCAUCAUAUUCGUAGAUUUGCCUGCUGGUACCGGCUUCUCUUACUCCAGAACCAUCCAGCAAGGUGACUGGAUAACAAUUCAUCAUGCCCAUCAAUUUCUCAGGAAGUGGCUGAUUGAUCACCAAGAGUUCCUGACCAAUAAAGUAUAUAUCGGCGGCGACUCCUACUCCGGCAUUACUCUCCCUGGGAUUGUUGAAGAGAUAUCAAAUGGAAAUGAAGCUGGUGUCCAGCCCCGGAUAAACCUUCAGGGAUACCUGCUGGGUAAUCCGGUGACAUCAUUCCAAGCCAAUUACGGAGUUCCAUUUGCUCAUGGAAUGGGGUUAAUUUCUGAUGAGCUUAAUGAGUCACUUCAAAAUAGUUGCGGGGGAGAGUAUACAAGCAUAGACCCCAAAAAUUUAAACUGUGUCAGAGAUAUGCAGUCCUUCCAAAAGUGCAUUUCAGGAAUUAAUUUUGCCCAUAUCUUGGAACCCCUAUGCGAAUUCGCAUUGCAAAAGCCAUUUGAUGAGAUUUCUUGGAGAAAAUAUUUCACUUACAAGCCCAGGGCAGUUCUCGAAUCUCAUCUCUCAGUGCCACCCUUAAGCUGCCGGACGUAUGCUUAUUUCCUAUGUGGUUACUGGGCCAACCACCCCGAUGUUCGCAAGGCGCUGGGUAUCCGAGAGGGAAGUAUAGGGAAAUGGCAGCGUUGUGAAAAUAGAAACUACAAGUUCGAGAUCAAUGGGUCUUUGGAAUAUCAUAUGAAUCUUAGCAGAAAAGGCUAUCGUUCUUUGAUCUACAGUGGCGAUCAUGACAUGAUGGUUCCUUUCUUGGACACUCAAGCCUGGAUAAGAUCUUUGAAUUACUCUAUCGUGGAUGACUGGAGGCCAUGGGAUACUAAUGGCCAGGUUGCAGGAUACACGAGGUCUUAUUCCAAUCAAAUGACAUUUGCAACCGUGAAGGGUGGAGGACAUACAGCUCCAGAAUACAAGCGUGAAGAAUGUUUUGCCAUGUUCAGUCGAUGGAUAUCUAAUGGACCUUUGUAGGAAGAUGCCGUUGAGUCAAGGGGACAAUCCAUAAAAACUGGCCUGAGAUUGUUUCUUGUGAUCAGAUGAUGACACCUGAGAACUGUAUAAUUACUAUAAAGAAACUGAAAACUAAUAAAUAAAAUAUCCCUAUAUUUUAUUGGUA